GUCUGCGUUGGGCCGCAAAGCCGCCCUCUCCACGCUCUCCAUCCUGGUGGCUCUCCUGAUCGCCGGCCAGGCUGUCACUGUCUACUUCGUCUACCAGCAGAGUGGGCAGAUCAGCAAGCUGACCAAGACCUCCCAGACCCUGCAGCUGGAGGCACUGCAGAGGAAGCUGCCCUCCAGCGCCAAGCCAGCGAACAAGAUGAAGGUGGCCAUGGUGAACACGGCCAUGGCCAUGAGGGUCAUGCCUCCUGCCCCCGCUGUAGGCAGCAUGCCCUCACACUCACGCUGCCCCUUUGUUUUUUCUCUCAAGGACACGGCUCCUGCUAGCAACAAAACUGAGGACCAAGUGAAGCACCUGCUGCUGCAAGCAGACCCCACGAAGAUGUUCCCGGACCUGAAGGAGAACCUGAUGGGCAACCUGAAGAGCCUGAAGAAAACCAUGACUGAUGUGGACUGGAAGUCCUUUGAAUCCUGGAUGCACAAGUGGCUCCUGUUUGAAAUGGCCAAGAACCCCAAGCCCGAGGAGCAUAAGGCGAUCCCAGCGGAGAAAGUGCAAACUAAAUGCCAGGCGGAGGCCAAUUCUGGGGGUGUGCGGCCAGGACACUUUCGCCCACAGUGCGAUGAGAACGGCGACUACCUGCCCAAGCAGUGCAGUGCCUCCACGGGCUACUGCUGGUGCUCCUACAAAAAUGGCACCAGGAUUGAGGGCACUGUCACUCGGGAAAAGCUGGACUGCCCCGGCGCUGUUGCUGCCACCAUGGAGCCGGAGGAGAUGAUCUUCUCCGGGGUGGACAUGCUCAAGCUGGGCAUGGAGAAAGCUGAGUAG